AUAUUUUAGCCUUUACUAAAUUGUGUUAUUAGAAAAGAUAUUACUCGUCCUAGAGUCCAAUGCUAGGCUGUGGUUUUAUACUUCGUUUGGCUAUGAAAAAUAUUGUAACUUUGACAUCUACCUGAAUUAUAAAUGAAAAUCUGUUUUUGUCUGUGACUUUGAUUAUGCCUUUAAAAAUAUUUGUCACGACCACAGUGACAGAAAACUGGUUUCGAGUAUCUUUGAGUAGCAAUGGUCAAGGGGAACCAUGUAGCACAGGGACUGACUGUGCUGGAAAGGAUAAAUGUAUUGAGGCCAGAGUUUUUACUUCAAGAAUAAUGGGGCUUAGAUAGUGAUGGGAUCAGCACAACACACACAGUAAGCAUGAGAAAUAAAAGAACUAAUUAAACAGCAAAGAAAAGAAAACAAAACUCAUCUUGUGCAUUGGCGAUGAAAGAAACCGAAACAGAGCAGCUACAAGUCCCAUAACUGGUUUCCAGACCACAGUCCAAAACUGGGGAAGAAACGAAACAACAUUUAUGCCUCCUGCAAAGACCAGCAUCCGUUUCACGCAGCCCAUCCAUCAAAGUAUAAAGGUCAGAAUGUUAGGAACAUAAAGUGCAAGAUCCCUCUGACCAGUGCUUGCCUAUGAUAUCCUGUGACACUUUCCCCAACCACCUCAACUUGGACAUCGGUAUGACAGUUAAUUUAGAUUGCCGUGCCAUGGCAGAACCCAAGCCUGAGAUUUACUGGGUGACACCACUGGGGAACAAAAUCACACUUGAAACCUUAUCUGACAAGUUCUGGCUGAGCACUGAAGGUUCUCUCCGUAUUUCUCAUGUACAAGUAGAAGAUUCAGGCCAAUAUACUUGGGUUGGCCAGAAUACAGAAGGUGCUGACACACGAGUUGCUACAAUACGAGUCAAUGGGACCCUGAUGGACAGUAUUCAGGUCAUGAAGAUCUAUGUCAAGCAGACAGAGUCUCACUCUAUCUUAGUGUCCUGGAAAAUAAACUCUAAUGUUAUGACCUCUAACCUGAAGUGGUCUUCAGCAACCAUGAAGAUAGAUAACCCACACAUUACUUACACGGCUAGGGUCCCAGUUGAUGUUCAUGAGUACAACCUUACCCACUUGCAGCCAUCCACUGAAUAUGAAGUGUGCCUUACAGUCUCCAACAUCCACCAGCAGACACAAAGAUCCUGUGUCAAUGUCACCACAAAGAACGCGGCUUUUGCUGUAGACAUCUCUGAUGAAAGGACCAGCACUGCCCUAGCAGCUGCAAUGGGGACAAUGUUUGCCAUCAUUAGUCUUGUUUCCGUUUCAGUAUAUAUUGCGAAGAGGUGGAAGAGGAAGAAUUACCACCACUCUUUGAAAAAAUACAUGCAGAAAACCUCCUCUAUUCCCCUGAAUGAGCUAUAUCCUCCUCUCAUUAACCUGUGGGAAGCAGACAGUGAGAAGGACAAAGACGGAUCCUUGGAGAACAAAUCCAGCCAGGUGGACACAACACGAAGCUAUUAUAUGUGGUGAAGUCCCCAGAACUACGCUUCCAGGAGCACAAAGACAAACUUUUGCUUUUUUGUGCAAAAGAUAAAAAAGGAAAAAUGGCAAAUUUGGUAUUUUUAGCUUUGCUAAUAUGAGGCAGAGUGGUAAAAGAUAGGAUUUUUUUUUCUAGUAUAGCGUAUCGCCUUUGUUUCUUCUUUCAAACACUCAGUAUGGCAACGUUCAGCUUCAGAAUCAUUUUUCUUGCUGUGCUUUACUUUUGUAAGGCGCUUUAACUGCACAGCUUUGGAUCAUGCCAAGGACUCUAUCUGAGGUCAGUCAACACAGCAACAAGUAAUGAAGCCCUACUUUGUCUAACUGUCUAUUGAGAUUGCAGAGUUUCUUUCUCUCUCUUGUGAUUUUAUGCAGUGAAACUAACAAGUUUGUUCGUAGACUUAAUUUGAAGCUGACAGUGGGGAUUAGACUUGUUAUACUUUUUAUGUUAGCAAUUGAACCGCAUUGUUGUAUCAACUAUUAUUUAAAUAUUUGAAUUUUAACAAAAGAAUUUUUAUUAGUUUGCAUAUAUGAAUAUUACUCAAGAGCAAUAUGAAUGUCAAUGUUUGAUAACAUAGUUUAAAAAAACUUUUUUUUUUUUUGCUUAAUUAGUCUUGUUUAUUCUUUUUCAAUUUCCCAGGAUCUGAAUUUGUUGUGAUUCAACAUGCAACACAUGUCGUAUUUUUAAGAACAAAUGAAAAUAAAUGACUUUU